AUGGAUGGCGGAAUGAAAGACCUUCAGAAUUUAGUUAGAAGGGCGAAGAGUAGUCCUGACAAGACUGGGAUUACGCGUAGGAAUGCCUUGCAACAACUCAUCGAAGCCACUCGGUCACCUUAUUCUCAAGUCAAGAUCUUCGCAGCCCGCAAUAUGGCAGAGCUCUUCCAGAAUUUCCCAGAUCUCGAAGAAGAGGCUAUCAACGCUAUAUAUGACUUGUGUGAAGACCAGGACUCUCAGGUUCGUAUAGAAGGUUAUACGACACUAUCCACGCUUUCCAAGGUCGAAAACAAGUGGGUCAAGAGGAACGCGGACGUUCUCGUUCAGUUACUUCAGAGUGAUGAACCCAACGAAGUGAACGUAGUUAGAAAGGCACUCGUGGAACACCUUCAAAUGGAUCCUCGUGUCACCCUGGGGGUAUUCUGUGAUCAAAUCGUUCCUUCAGGCCAUCCGAUGGAUAAAGAUGAAAUGCAAAUGAGGGAUCGAUUACGAACGCUUGUUUUGGACUUUGUUGCGAAUGAGGUGAAGAAAGACCAGUGGAAGAAGAUUGCAGUAGCUGGUAACGAUGCAGAGGGGACUCUGGUUCGAGGACUCUUGACGGCACUUCCAAAGGCAGGAGACGCGGACACUCAGACCAUCGUGAAAGACAUUCUACUCCAAUUACCUUCUUUCAAGACCCGUUCUCCGGAAACCGUUCGACUUUGUGAAACCAUCAUGAUCAAAGCUAAAGACUCCCGAUCGUUGGAUAUGGGUGGCACUUCAAACAUUAUUUCUCCUCUGAACCGUACUCGAUCGUACCUGGAAUUGCUCAACACUCUUUUCCUUCAAAUGCAACUUGGAAAUUUGGAGGCUUUACUGAGGUUUUACCAACCUCUAGCUUCGAAACCUGUCUUGCAAAGAUUACCACCACAAGAUCAACUUGUAGUCAUCUCGAACCUCGCUGAGACGCUCGCAGCAGCUACAACGAAUCCCAGUGAUACACCAUUGGCUCGGAAUGUCCUUGGGUUUUCUUCUUUCUGUUUUGAUUGUCUAUCAAGUUCGAACCUAACAGAGCCGACACCUUAUCGAGCAUGUCUCCUCCUCCUUCAGUCCAUUCUCCAGAUGGUCAAAGGAGGCUGGCAAACUCCCGGUCCAAUUGUCAACUCCCUUCAAAGACUUGAAAAGGUGAUAAUGACAAUGACGCCACCUGACAGCAAGAAAGACCUUCAAGACUUAAUCAUGUCUUUAGUCCCGAAGAAACCUGAAGCCUCUUUGCCGACCGCGACCACGUCAAUCCCAAUAUCGUCUUCUAGCGAUCAACUAACUCAUCCAUUACCCCAACGGCCGGUAGCGCCAGCGCCAGGCUUACCUAUUCAACGGCCUCCAAGGUUGAACAAGAACGAUGCUAAUGGUAUGACGGAUAUACCUUCUGGCUCGACUAGUCGGAAACAUCCUUUCAACGCAGAGGAUGUGCCUAGGGCUACCAAGAAAGCGAAAAAAGGCGGGGGCGACACUACAACCGACCACACACUGACACCACCGCCCUCGUUGCUCAGUAGGCUCGGUACACGGUCACCUACCGUAGGUCAGACCAAUGGACAUGGACGAUCAGGGUCCGCUCUUCCUCCUCAACAGCAGCCGCCAACACCAACGAACCUGAGUCAAGGGUUAGGAGGACUGAGUAUCAAAGGAGCGGCGAGGCUACAUUUGACGAACACGAACACGAACACGAACACGAACACGGAAGAUGACAACAACAUCUCUCUUGUGGAUCGGUUGGAUGGGAACGGUAUUAGCGAGGGCGAAAGGAGUAAUCGGAGAAGGAGGAAAGGGAAUGUUCGCUGA